GUUAAGCGAUCGAACGAGAGAGAGAGAGAGAGAAAGAGCGAGUGCGUGAGCGAGGGGAAAGCCGGGAAAACAAGGAACCACACCGAGAGGCCGAGUUCCCUCGGUUUCGCCCCCACAGCAGCCAGCGGUCGGAUUGAGUGAGGAAAUCGGCGCGCGGAAAACCACCGAAAGCAACAAGAGAGAGAGAAAGAGUGUGAUACCAUCGCACGGACAACAGCAGGAGCGGAAGAUUUCGGGCCAGCCGAACAAAAGGACGAAGCGGGUUUUUUGGGUUUUGCGAACGUUAGCUAGCGUCAAGGCCGGAAAGCUGGAUUUCAAAAUGCUGAUGCAGGUCUCGCCGGAUGCGGCCGACGCCGCACUGACGCUGGUGCAGACCGGGGCCAGCACGACGUCCGGGUCGGGCGGGUCGUCCGGGAGCUCACAGAAGGACACCACCUGGACGAAGCUGUUCGUCGGCGGGCUGCCGUACCACACGACCGACAAGAGCCUGCGGGAGCACUUCAGCGUGUACGGGGACAUCGAGGAAGCCGUUGUGAUAACCGACCGCACGACGAACAAAAGUCGCGGUUACGGAUUUGUGAUUAUGGGCGACCGGAUGAGCGCGGAGCGGGCGUGCAAGGAACCGAACCCGAUCAUCGAUGGCAGAAAAGCGAACGUCAACCUCGCGAUCCUCGGCGCUAAACCGCGAGGCAACGCCACGCCAGGUUUCUCCUUUGCCACGACAGGACUGCGGACCGGAUACCCCGUGAUACCAGGACAGUACGGAGUGCCUCCGUCGUACAUUUACGGUGCACCGUACCUGGGCACGGCCGGAGGAUCGACGGGAGCCACGGGAGCCGCCUCCGGGCUAGUGCCGAUACCCGCGACACAGUUGUCCCACGCAGCGGCGAUUGCUGCGGCCACUAGUCAAUUCUACGAAUAUCAGAACGCUGUAGCCGCCGCAGCAGCCGCGCCAUACCCGGGCCAGUACAGUGCCGGGUUCGACGCUUAUCCGUACGCGUCUGGAGCAUCAGCCGGUGCAGCUGCUGCCGCCGCCCAGUACAUGGCCGGACCGUACACGUACGCCACGUUGCCGCAGGCAGGAGCCGCCGCCGCUGCAGCCGCCGCGGCGGCCGGUGCCUUUCCCGGCCUGUCGCCCUACCAGAACGCGACCGGCGCAUCGCUCCAGGAAGCUAGACUACAAUAAUAUUUACUACCGCAGGCGCUAAUGGUGUCGCUGCUCGGUGCUGGUGGUGCCGCCGGCGUUGGUCUCGAUGCCGCCGAUGUCAAGCGACCCUAGGUGCGACCCCGCGGGGGAAAAAUGGGGACAACAACAAAUAAGCGAAAUGUGUAGCGUGAUGAUCGCAUAAAGAUAUUAGGCAGCCAAAAAGAGAAAAAAGGGGAAAAUCGAGAAAAGGAAAUAAAAAGUGUCAGGUGGCAACAAACUGUCCGCUGUCAGGGGUCUUUGUUCAGUUCAGUUAGUUAGCCACGAUAGUUUUACUCUCUACCAUAUAUUACCUAUUUAGUGCUCUGCUCGGUAGUACGGUACUUACACUAAUGCAUAUAGUACACACGGUAUAGUAAGAGUAAUUCAAUUCUAAACAACCGUCGUCGCGGCCACAGGCGAGGCCGCCGCCGCCGGCAGACACAAAGCAAACAAACAAACAAACAAACCAAAAGACGACCAAUCAAAUCACCUGGAAACACACAAAUAUAUCUCAAACAAUAGAGCGCGAGAGUGAGGACACGCUCACAAUAUCAUUUAUUCGGGACUUGCACAUAGUUAAGCACACACCCCACACACACCGCGGCCUCGGUAAGGGCCGUAGACACAACAAGCAAAGUACAGCAAAUCAGAAAGCAAAUCAUCAAAUAAAUUCUAUUUAUUAUACCCUAGUUUUAACGUAUCAUAAAACCAAACGUAGGCGCUGUGGGGGCCUCUGCCGCCACACACACACACACGAUGGUGUGAGGCCACACCGAGAGCGAGUGAGCGAGGAUCGAGAGGAUGAUGCUGAUAACCAUUGCGGAUGGAGGGCGAAAUUACAUUAUUUACUAAUAUAUGUAUAGGUGAUAAGGUGUGCGCGGAACCGUGGCACAGGGCAGAGGGCGAAAGAAAAGGAAAGGAAAGAAUGUGUAUUAACUUAACAAACGCUCAAUUCUUAAGCAGAAGCAAAUACAUAUAUUGAAAACCCGAAAAAGAGAACGCGCGUGGGGCGAAGAUGAUAACCGUAUCAAUAUAAAUAGUUAUGCGAAUAUGAAAGGAGAGGUCCGAACCGUCGGUCCUGCAACCUGCAAUACCGGUGCCGGUGGAGUAACGGCGAGAUGAAGCUUUUCGAAAGUAGAGGCGCGAAGGUAGAUUUCUUCUGAAUUUCAAACGUGGGGCAAAUGUAGAGGUAGAGGUAGCCGGUCACUCUUGUCACCCGCUCAAUCAACCGCUGAGCCCACCAGCAGGGGUGGACCCACCCAGCAUAUCCCCCCCACCGAACCGUAACACAUACAGAGAGAAAGAGAGAGAGAGACAGAGACCCCCUAUUUGGUGAUCGCUAAAACAUAUAUAUACACAGACGAGAGAGAGAGGACGAAACCGGCCCCCCCAUUUUGACACGAAUCGAAGAUGUUGAAGAUGAAAUUACUAAAUUUUUCGUUCGUUUGCUUUGUUUUUGGCAACAUAAAAGACGAGCGGCGCCUGGCUCCUAGGUCUCCUGGAGGGCGCGCUCUCUCUCUGUGUGAACCCACGUCAGUCAGCAGCAGCAGUCAGCGAGGGCAGAAGGAAAUUCUAGUCAAAUGUGUGUGUGUUUUUGUUUUUCGCGUACUCUCUCGAUUAGAAAAAGGGUUUAUUUAUUUUGUUGCCUCGAUGCUGUGUUAACUUUAGUGUUUCCCGUGGCCUGCCAGCGCCAUCGGCUCGUGUGUGGCGCGAUCACGUUCGAUUCAGUUCAGUUCCGGUAGUUUCGUUUCCGGCAGUCUCUCAGUGAGUCUCAGUGAGUUUGCAAAGUAUAAUAAGCUCAAGGUCCCACGAACACACCACGAACCCAACACGAACGACAAAUUAACGUUAUGAUAAACCUCAAAACCGCCGAGAAAAAGUUAACCUUAUACCGCGAGUAUACACACAAAUGUACUGCAAAUGAAAAAAAAAACGUUGUUUUUCAAAAUACUACAAAAGAUCGCUAAGAAGGGGCCCGGAGGGAAAAGGCGGGACACAGGAACAGGACACUCUGGCAUUACUACUCGGGCACCAGCCAGCCAGCCAGCCUCGGGGAGAGGAACUUUCGGGGCAAGGUCCGUUCGUUCGUUCGUUCGCUCCGUAUCGUAUAUUCACGGCCGCGAACGGGAAAGGGAAAGAAAUCGUGCCUUUCACAAAGACAAAAUGAAUUAAUGAAACACAACACAACACAACACAAUACACACGAUAGCGAAAUGCAAAUACAAACCCAAUCAGUACAGAGGACAACACACACACUGCAAAUAUAUAAAAGAAACAAAAACAUAUGAUAUGCUUAAUAACAUUAAUUAUACGAAGCAUCCUUAGCAAAGCCAAAUCGGAGGCCACACGCCGCGUACGACAGGAAGAGCAAUAGUGGAAUCGGGGUGGAAGGGAAGGUGGGCACACAGGAAAGGGGCAUCAUGUCCCGCUGAUCGAACGAAUCGGGAAGAAAUCGCUGACAAUAUCCGACGGUCCGACUGGGAAUGCCGGAAACACACACGAUGAUGGACACGCGGAAAGAGCCAACCGGAAGGAGGAUGCAACCAAGUUAAAGAUUUCAGCCCAACCGAGAGAGAGAGAGAGCGAGAGCGCUAGGAACCCCUUGAACUUGUUAACAAAGAUUAUAUGAUAGAACAAGCGACAUAUUUUGCCAAGACUAAGAGAUUUUGCUUUCCCUUCAGCGUCGAGAGCGUCGUCGUCCCCUUAUUGCAAUACGCGCGGAGCGGAAGGUUGAACUGUUUCGGGUCGGACGCGAUCGGUUUGUGGGUGACACGAAGACACGCGAACGCGAUGACGGUGAUCUUCGUCUGAGCAAAAAGAAUGAUGCUGGCAAAGAACAUCCUUACAAAGACUGAGUCUGUGCGCGUGUGUGCGCGUGUGUGCUUUUCGAGGAUCAUUGUGUCGAGGUGCGAUCAAACUUGCAAUAUCGGCGACACAACUUACUCUCGGCACGGAAGAUCGAUCGAGAGAGAAAGGGAGAGAGUGUUUCGUUGUGUCGCAGGAAGGACGAAAGAUUUGUUUUACAAUUCGUUGACGCAAAAAGGGAGAAUGGCAGCAGCAGCAGCAAUGGGUGACCGUUUGUAGAUGUUAAGUUUAAAUUAUUUAUACAGUGAACGCAAUGCAAUGAUGAUGAUGACGUGGUGAAGAUGAUGGGGUCAGCGAGGCGGGACGGACACGUGACGGAGUUAGGAGUUUUGUAAAAGAAUCUCAUACACUAUAUUAUUGAUUGAUCGAGCGGCGGCGCAGGAGAUUGGCAUCCAUCAUGUGGUGGUUUUGGGGCGGCGGCAGCUGUGUGUGUGGAUAGGAAAUUUACUCUAGGAUCUAAGGAAGGUUCGUGCGUAGCCGUAACCACCGUAACCGUAACCGUAACUAACAAUCGGAGAUGAUUCGGGCUCGGCGAGCGGUCUCGGAACCGGAAAUCUCGGAACACACAAGCAAUUACCAGCGCUGUCGGCGGUCAGAGUCAGCCGCUCUCCCGACAGAGAGUCCGUACACAUACAAACACACUCACACAAACACACGUAAUAAAUAAGCAUAUUUUAAUAUAUCGAUUAUAAACUCCAUCAACCACAACUCUUACUAUCAAUCAAUCGGAACCAAAACGGAAAGGAAGGAAAUAUAUUACAUUUAAAGUACUACAGGCGUGACACACGGGGGGUCACCGCGACACAGGAGCAGCACCGUUUAUCGUUAGGAAAGUGUAGUCACCAACAACAGCAACAACAGGCUCAUCACCCUUAAAACAGUGAGAGAGACCCCCGUAAAGAUAUAUCAUACAAAAACAAGACAUCAGCAGCAAACAGAGCGAGAGAGCGAGAGAGCGAGAGAGAGAGCAGCGCGGUAACAAAGAAACAAAGCAAAAAAAGUACUAUACAGAUUAGAAGCUCUAUAUACAUACAUAAAUAUAUAUAUUUAAAGAAAAAAAAAGAAUAUAAGACUAUUGCAUAAAACAUUGCCCCCCUUGGGUUCGGUAUUCUUAUUUCGGGUCCGCUUUUAUAGCGUCAAUCUGUGUGUGUGCGUAAGGAGCGUGAUGAAAACAAACGUUACCCGUCUGGGUAACCGU